GGCGUGUACCCUAGGCGCCCUCAUUCGCUGACGGAGCGCCUUGCGUUGUGCACGUCUGUACUCCGGGCACGAUUUGCGAGCUUUCGGCGCACGAACCGAAACUCAAUUGUGAAAUAAAAAGUAAUAGUAUGUGUUAAGUGAUCGGCCCAUGAGCAAUAUGAAGGGUAGACACCAAUUUCGUCGCAGAUUCAGUCUGCAACCGUCUUUUAUGAAAGAGGAACACGAAGAAGAAAGAAAGCCUCACAGGACUGAGAAGACAGAAGACACAGUAUCAAGCAGUGGAAAUCUAACUAACAAUGCGGUGCGACAUAAAAUUGUGGUAUUAGGCGCAGCAAAAGUUGGAAAGUCAUCUCUUAUAACUCAGUUUCUCUAUGGUACAUUUUCCACUAAAUAUAAAAGAACUAUAGAGGAAAUGCAUCAUGGGGAUUUCAAUGUGUCUGGUGUGAGAUUAACCUUGGAUAUUCUGGAUACAUCUGGAGCGUAUGAGUUCCCUGCGAUGAGAGCACUUUCCAUGCAAUCGGCAGACGCAUUUAUCUUAGUUUACGAUAUCACAGACGCAGACAGCUUCACAGAAGUAAGAGUUUUGAGGGAUCAAAUACAUGAGACUAAAGGAAGCAGUGCUGUACCUAUUGUCGUUGUUGGGAACAAGGUGGACUUAGCAGAGACAGGAGAAAGACAAGUUGAGUUCCACACAACUGAAUCAGUUGUGACGGUGGAUUGGGAGAAUGGAUUCGUGGAGGCAUCAGCGAAAGAUAACAUCAACGUUUCCCAGAUUUUCAAAGAGUUAUUGGUACAAGCUAAAGUAAAAUACAAUCUGUCUCCUGCAUUGAGACGUCGACGCCGACAGUCUCUGCCAACGGGACCCCAAGGUCCACCAGGAUCCAGUCCUACACCAUCGCCAGCUACUCAACCCCAUGUACCUUCGCCUGCACAACUGGCACAUCUCCAGCAAAUCAGGGAGAGGCAUAACAGCAAACGCAAUUCAUGUGUCAUCUCUUAAAUUAAACACAAAAGUAUUGUAUACUACCUGAAAAUAUUGGAAGGCAAUUUAGUAUCUAAAAAAUAUUGUGCCACUUUUUAAAAUAACUUCAUUAUGUUUUUAGGUUGAUCUUGUAUCAAACUAAUUUACAAAAGCAUCCCAUUUUAGCGUUUAAAUUAAUAUAGUGAUUUUGCAACUUUCUAUUGACAAUGCUAAUUUAAAAUAACUUCCUAAUUAAUGCAAAAGUUUAAAAUAGAUUAUACGUUUUGAAAAUUUAUAAUCAUUAGCUGAUACGGCUAACCUUUACCGAAAGUUAUUUAGGCGAAGUUCUGCAAAUCAUCAUGUGUUACAGUAAUAAAAUGAACGUUAGAAUAAAUUAAUAAUAAGUAUAGAUAAUUUUAUACUUUAAUCUCAGUCUUACAAUUAAAAUACUAUUUAAAAUAAUGCCAAAUAGAAUUUAUAUCCAAUUAUGUCAGUACGUUAUUGUUAUAAUCAGCUAAUCAGAAUUAUAUAUAUUAAAAUACUUUAAUAAACACUCUUUUGUUAGCAGGAGAGUAAAUUAAAAGCAUCUAUACGUUUGUAUUCGUAAUGUUCUAAAGUUUAAGAAAUAUGAAAUAUUUUGUUAUUUUUGGAAUUAGUAUAUUGAUUGUUGUCUCCUUAUAAUUAGGUAUUAAUAGUGUCAACAAUACUUUCCUAAAUUACUUCUGUCUGCGUGAGUAAAGUCUAAAGAGAGGAGAUCAUACAUUUUUUAUCGUUAUCACAAACUUAUUUCGAUGCUCUUCUAAUUUACCUUUAUAGCCUCCUUGUACUGUCUUUAUAUCUAUUAGGAUUUAUUCUGUCAUUAAAGUUCAGUAAUUAUUUCUAUAAAAUAAAAAUAACGCCAAUGUACUUAUAGUUAAGAUUUAGAUAUCUCUUAAAAUAAAUGUUCAAUUUCAGAAUGUGUAGAUACAAAGUGAUAAUUUAGAAUGACGGAUCUAAACGUGACUGGUUUAUCGUAGGUAAGAUUAAUAAAUUCUAACUUUUAUAUGUAGGUAUUUUCAUGAUCAGUCGUGCUAGCCAUGCCUAGGAGAACAGCCCCGUUUUGAAUUGACUAUGUGUAUUAUUGUAAAAACGAGGACAUACUUAUAUCAAAAUCCGUACUUGAAUAUCUGUUCUAGGCAACGUGGUAAAAACAUGGACUUUGAAAUUUAUAAAGUGGUAAUAAAUGUAUAGAGGUUUAUAAAUCUUGUAACAAUAAUUAUGUUAGUAUGGCAGUUAAUACGAUUUUACUUCAUGGAGCCUUAAUUAUUUUAUUAAUAUUUUUUAUGUGUUUGUUCACAAUGAUCAAAUACAAUGUUUAAGGAAAAUACUACAAUCUUCUGAAAGAGAGGCAGAGAAUAUUAGAUACAAGAAUAUGGAAUGUUUAAUUAAAACUGUACCUAUAUAACCUACCUAUAUAAAAAUGUGUAACUUAUAUUUUGUAUUACAAAAAAAUACAUAUAUACAUGCAAUUAUACAUAUAUACAUAUACGUCGUCAUUUUAUUAUUUUUUGUUGGCAAUGUUCAUUUUGUAAAUUCAAUCAUCAACUGGCUAUAUGUAGUAAUUAAAAAAUGAGUUAAUGACCUUCAUUGAAUUCAAUUUAAAUUAUGAUAUUUCACGUUUCUGCUUUCUUAUUGUAGAGGUUAUUCCCGCGCGUUUCUUUUUUCAAAAUACAUGCAGCUUUAUAUAUGUAAUUUCCGAAUCAUAAAUGUUAAAGAAAUGCGGAAAACCUAUGUGCUGAAUUAUAUAGAAAAAAAUUGUCGUAUCUCUAUCCCCUAACGUGGAAUUUAUAGGUAUCAAUUCCUCAACAAAUAUAUGCAUGACAUGACAUGUAGUCGUUUAUCAGAUAUUUUAUUAUCUAAAUAACUGUGGUGCUGUAUUCACGGUAACUUCGUCCUUUAAUUUUAUGCCUAAAUUUAGAGUAUGUCGGCAUCGUCUGUAGCCGACCCUAAAUUAAUGUAAACAGUGAAUUUUAUGCCUACAUUGAUAAUUUUAAAAGGGAAAAUAUAUUCCCUUCAAGUAUUUUAUUUUUUCAGUUUAGACUGUACGUUGAUCUGUUAUUUAUUUAAAUACACAUUCAUUAAAUGUAAAAAGUAAAGAAACAGUAACUUUCAUAAUACAAACGUAGUACAUAUACAUUCGUUUAAUUAAUAUUUUCUUUUAUGAUUGUAAGUAUUCUUUUCUAGAGUUUUUAUGUAUUCUCUUGUAACAGAAUACACGAAUGCUAUAAAGAAUAAAAAAAAAGUUCAUAUUAUUAACAAUAAGUAUAUUAUUAUUUACCUACUUACGAUUAUAAUCUCAAAUGGUGUUGUUAGAGUAAUUUUAGUAUUAUUGAAAACGUAAUAUAAUAUAGUAAUUUCUCUAAACAUACACGAAUCUAUCCAGUAUUUGGCGGAAGGAGUAUACUAAUUUUGUCUCUUAAAAUAAUUAAAACUGUUAAAAAAAUUAACCAUCAACGGUAAGUUCAUCGGAAAUUGUUAUUGACAAAAUUUUAGGAUGUCGUAAGAGGUGACACUGUACAAUAUACCUGUACAAAAGAAGAAAAAUUCGAAAUAAAAUUAUGUCAACUAGUAGACUAAUGUCGUUCCUUUAUGAAGAGGACCCGUGCCCAACAAUGGAAUGAUAAUGGGUUGUUAUGAAAGAUGGAUGGAGCAUGUGAUAAGAAUGUUUGGUGCAGACAAUUAGGAUUAUUUAAGACCAGUUUGGUAAAAACAUUAUGUCAAAAAAAGGUUUGAACGACAAUGUGAAUGUUUCUACAAUUUUGAUUUAGCUAGAGUCGAACUCACGAUUACGGAAUUUUUUUAACAUUAAUUUAUUUAUAAAUCUCUCAUAUACAUAUAUUACGCGCUACAAUUCUAAUUUAUUUGACGUGCAGAAAAAAGUUACUCUUUGCGCGCAUAUUAAAUAUUAUAUUAAAAUUAAAUUGUAAAUAAAAUUAUUAUCUAUUGCUACUACUUCUAUACGACUUGUGUCUCUUUAAAUAAUUAUUAUAUAGGUACAUAAUAAAUAUAAAAUUAACCUAAAUAUCUAAUUAAAAUCAUUCUCCAAUAACCUGAUGACCUAUCCAAUAUAAAAAAAUUUCACUAAAGAUAGGAUUACAAAUGAUAAAAUGAAAAAUACUGAACGCUGUAAUCUAAUCUAGGAUUUGAAAUGCCUACAAAAUAUUUUACGAGAGGUCGAGUGUUAAAUUAAAAUUUUAUAACUCGACAAGAUAAUGUAAAUUAAUUUAUUAAGGGAACUUUACACCAAUAAUAAUCUAUUCAGAAAUGUACAGCCACAGAAAAUAGUUUCCAUUUUGCGGUUUUACCUGGUUAUAACACUAUAUAUCUAUCUAGAUAUAUAAAUAUAUAAAUGUGAAUAGUGUAAACUGCUAUUGUAACUUAUUAUAAAUUGUAUUGCGAUACUAAACAACAGAGAUUUUCGUAUAAUUUUCAUUAUAAUAUCAAACAUUAGACGCCUCUAUGUUAUUUUAUCUUUAAAUAAAAAAAGAGCAAUUGCAACUGCUACCUAGAAAUGAAAUAUUACACAAUUUUUUUUUUAUGUAUACGGAUAACGUGAUCAUUAAGAUGGGAUUUCUCGGAAUUCUAACGGGAAUGGGAAAUAACGGGUUAUGCGCAAAACAAUGCCACAGAAAACAAAAAAAUAAAUGAAUAAUUAUAUACGCAUUUUGUAUUGUACAAUAUUGUGGAGUUGUUACACGCGAAUAUUUUCAGAUCAAUUUUUUUUGUGUAUUUUAUAUAUUACAUAAUUUUAUAGAAACUAUGUACGAAAAAAUCGCAUGAAAAUAAUCUAUAAUCUGAACUUGUCCAUAAAUAAAUAUGCAGGAAAAAAAUUAUACGAAUAAAAUGGCCUUGUUCACAAUGCGUACUAUCCUUUAUGGUUUUCAUAAAAGGUAGUCCAUUAGCUUGGAAGGUGAAUUAAAGGUGAAAGAUGGAUCGUGUCCCAGCAGUACAUAAAAUAGUUGCUGUUAUUGAUUUAUCUAUCUUCACGCCAAAACUCUUGCGAGACAGGCAAAAAAUAUCGAAAGUCAAAGGCUCUAUUCUUUGUUUUCUUAAUAUUAUAUUAAGCUGACUAAGUCUCUAACACCUUUCUUUAUAUUUCACCAUAAAUUAGUCUAGGCCUUUUUGAUACUCGUAUCCUUCUAUUUUCAUAUUUUAUGUUUAUUUCCUCAACCUUACUUUUUACAAUUUUCCGCAUUCUCAAAACAAUAUGGCAUACCUUUUUUCAUUUUUGCAACAUUUGUUUUUAAUUAUUACUAUUUAUAAAAAAAAAGUAGCAAUACAUAAAGGCCAGAUAAAUAACAUUAUGUCGUAAGGUAAUGAAAGAUGAGUCCAUGGAAAAAAUUAAUUGUUAUGCCAAGGGGUCAGAUGAUAAUGAACGAGUGUUUGUAACAAUUGCAAAACUCCCACUGUAAAUUUUAUCAUUUUUGACACUUUGUGACCAACAUACACAAUUUCUGUCAACAUUAGUGUCAAAUGAGAAUAAUCUGAAAAAUAAAAAUUCUUCGUGCUUGAAAUUGGAAACGUCAUCGGAUAUAAAUAUUAGGCCUAGUUCUUAAAUGACAUUGAUCAAAACCUAGUUAAUUAUUAAGCAGUAUUUCGAUAAAUUGUGGAAAAUGCUGUCGUUUUAGACAAAUAAGUACUGUCGAUUCAUUAAUCGAUAUAUAUAUAUAUGUAGUGAAUUUUUUUAUAUACCAUAUAGUUUUUCUAUUUAUUUAAUAUAUUUCCAGUACAAAGAUUUUUCCAAAUAUUCUAAUGUAAUACUUAAUAUUAUAUUAUAUUUGCUACUUAAAUUCUAAUUUUCAAAUUCAUGUUAUGAUUGUUUAUUAUCUUUACAGACAACUAAUUAAUCUACAGUCUAAAUAGUUUCAUAUGUUGAAUUUGUAAAAUUAAUACAAAAUGUAUUAUUAACUUAGCAUAUUAUCUUAUAUAACACUUAGUGUACUUAUUAUUAAAAUUCUGAUUAUUAAUUGUAUAAUACCUAUGGAAGUAUUAAAAUUAUAACUUGUCCAAAUUAAAUAAGAUCUACCUCUCAUAGUAUUUUUCAUAAAGUAGAGGAAGGUAUUGAAUGAUUUUCUAGUUUUAUUUUUAGAGAAUUCUUUAUAAUAUAUAUUAGUUUAUGGAAUUUAAAAUAUAUAAUAAUUUCCAUAUAUUUUAUAGUUACGUAUUGAGUGUUUAAAAUUUAUGGAUGUGCCUUUUUUAACAAGAUAUAGUUCUGUUAGUUGUAAAAAGAAUAUAUUCCUUUUUAGGUUUUGUAUUGUUACACAUACUUCUACGCUUAAAAUUGAAUUAAUGUAUACAACCAAUUAUUAAACAGAUUUUUGUUUUUAAUUAAAAAAUCGAUGUUAGCGUAUUAGAUAAUAAGUAUAUAUUUAUAUCUUAUAAUAUACAAUAAUUUGAUGUUAACGAUGACUGGUUGGAGAAAUGAUUCAGACUACAUAAAAGUGUGAUAUUCCAUAUAUUCCUUUUGAAUAAACUUUAUAGGUAGCUACUUAUAAACCUGUACUAAAAAUAUCUGUUUUCUUUCAUUUCAUAGCCAUAUAGGUAUUUAUAAUAUAUAUAUAUAUACCUAAAAUUUGUAUCACAGAUACUGAUAUGAAAUAAAAUUAUAAUGCUUUUUUCUUAUUUUUCUAUCUUAUUAGAACGAAAGAAACGCACAGAUGGAUUUGAAAGCGUAGAAAGUGUACCGUUUCUUCUUUAAAUAAUAACUUAAGAAUUUACUUGUAUAGACUUCAUUACAACAAUUUAUUUUUUCCUUAUUUUUGACAGGUAAAUUUAUAUUUGUAUCAGAUGUAAGACAUUUGUGAAUUUAAAUAAACUUACUUCCGAAAACAGGAAUAGUA